GAAGCUCCUCAGUGAAUUAUUCGGGGAUCGGAUACCAGGAUGUCCCCCAAGAAAGUCGCCCUCCUGCUUUUCACGGCAGCUUGGGUGCUGCCUGCUAGAACCUCACAGGUAAGCCAGGGCCCCCCCGGGACCUGCAUGGGAGAAGGAAACCCCAUGCUCAGUUUGGCCUCCUCCUCGGUGGAUGACCUGUACAGAGGCUGCGAGUACGCCAUGAGGCAACGUCUCCCAUCCCUGAUGAAAAAGGAGCUGACCGAGAACAAGAACUUUGACCUGGCUUGGAACAAGGCCAAGAAGGAGUGGAUGAGGAAGACGAAUACGUACAUCUUCCCCAACACAAUGAAAGCUUUCUGCAGCGUCGCUGUGGUGGCCUACACCUUAAACAACCCGCCUCUGUACAAGGACUUCAACACGGCCACCAGGACGGGCUGGACGGGAUCCCAUGCCUACCUCAGCUGCCCCUUCAAGGCCUUGCAUUUCCUGCUGACCCAGGCGUCCAAAGAGAUAUGGGGGAUAAAGCCCAGUUGUGCCACCAUCUACAGAGGAACCAACGUAAUGUUCUCCAUCAGCCACUUGUUCCACUUCGGCCAGUUCAGCUCCACCUCAAAGAGCUCGAAGGUGGCGUCCGGAUUCAGCCAAAAGACCUUCUUUGUGCUCUUUUACUGCACGGGGUAUGGGCUUCGGGACCUGUCCCACUACCCUGGAGAACAAGAGGUCCUGGUGCCGCCCUCCGAGAUGUUCCAAGUCACCAAGGUCCAGCCGAACGGGCAGGGGCAGACUGUCCACGCCAAGUCGGUGGGGGUGUGCAGCAACCACAACUGCACCUACACAGAGAAAGGAGACCCCUAGGUGAAGAGAUGCCCUCCUCACCAAGUGCUGCAUUUGUGAGGCGCCGGAGCAAGGAGGAGCAGCAGUGACCCCAGGGCUGCCUUUAGCCAGGAGCUCCGUGGAUCAUCAUGUGCGUUGCCUGGUCUACCUAGGCUGGCAAAAAUUCCCCACGUGCUUUCCCGCUAUAACUAACGGGGAAUCACUCUAGCAAAACACACCUGUUUCCUCCCGGUUAAGCUUCUUCCCUCGCAGGUCUGCGCUUUCCCCGACAGCUGUACCACAUCCGAGCCGGUCUCCCCCGGUGCUCGGCCCUGUGCCCCACCGGGAUUUUUCCCAGGGUAUAUUGCAGGAGGACAGGAAAGUAGAGUGAGACAUAAGGGGCUCAAUCUGCAGCCAGGGAGAUGGAGGUUACAU